GAGCUGAAGGGUGGGUAUGGAUAAAGCACCACUGAAAGCACUGACCAGAGCACCUCGAGCCCAACACCCCAAAAAGAAGGCAGGGAGGGAAGGAGAGAUCCCUGCCAUGGCACAUCCAUCAAUCUGCAGGCUCGCUGGGGUGGAGAUGGGGCAGUUCUGCUGUGAGGAUGCGAGCUGCCCACCCGUGGGUCAUGGAACCCGAGGCCAGGGAGGGGAGUGGGCAGGAGAUGUGGCUCAGUGUGUGUUUGUUUUGGGAAAUGGAGCACAUUUGGUCCUGGCGACUGGGAAAACACUCAGAGGGGGAGUUCCCAGCCGUGGCCUGGCUGGUGGGGAAUGUUCAUACUCAGCCAUCCCUGAGGGAUGCAGCUGGGGCACUCAGCAAGGGGGUGCUGCUCCAGGGAGGGCAGGAGCCAGCCUGAAGUGAGCCAGGGACCCUCCCAAGGGUUCUCCAUCCUCCUCCUUGCCAGCAGCAGCUGGGGGAAGCCAUAGGGUCGAGCUGGCUGGGAGAGAGGCAGUUUUGGUUUCUGUUUUCUGGGCAGGAAGGCGUCCCAGGGCAGGCAGCCAGCGCUGUGAGGAACCCUGCUGCCUCCCAGACAGGGGCACAGGAGAAGCUGUUCAGCUAGAGAUGUGCUUCUGAGCAUUGCCAGGUUGGUUUGCGCUGAAACAGAUUCUGAUGGCCUUCUUUUGGUGCUGUGAAGCUGUCAGUUAUCACACUCCUAAGGACAGGCAGUGUAAGGCCUUAGCAAACAUCAGUGACUCGAUUGUUUUCAAAGCUUGUGGAUAUUACAGCUGAGAAGGAAGCAGAGGGUGGGGAUGAGAACAGGCAGGGAGGAUCCACCUGCCCUGCUCUGUCCUGCCGUGCACCUCUCAGAGAUUCUGAUGUUGGAUGAGUUGGUGUUGAUGAAAUUCUGGUGUUGGAUGAAUUGGUGUGGAUGAAUUGGUGCCUGCCAGAGAUUCUGGUGUUGGGUGAAUUGGUGUUGAUGAAUUGGUGUGGAUGAAUUGAUGCUGAUGAAUUUCUGCCUGCCAGAGAUUCUGAUGUUGGAUGAAUUGGUGUUGAUGAGAUUCUGGUGUUGGAUGAAUUGGUGUGGAUGAAUUGCUGUCUGCUAGAGAUUCUGGUGUUGGAUGAAUUGGUGUUGGAUGAAUUGGUGCUGAUGAGAUUCUGGUGUUGGAUGAAUUGGUGUGGAUGAAUUGCUGUCUGCUAGAGAUUCUGGUGUUGGAUGAAUUGGUGUUGGAUGAAUUGGUGCUGAUGAAUUGGUGCCUGCCAGAGAUUCUGGUGUUGGAUGAAUUGGUGUUGAUGAAAUUCUGGUUUUGGAUGAAUUGGUGUGGAUGAAUUGGUGCCUGCCAGAGAUUCUGGUGUUGGAUGAAUUGGUUUUGGUGAGAUUCUGUUGUUGGAUGAAUUGGUGUGGAUGAAUUGGUGUGGAUGAAUUGGUGCUGAUGAAUUGCUGUCUGCUAGAGAUUCUGGUGUUGGAUGAAUUGGUGUUGGAUGAAUUGGUGCUGAUGAAUUGGUGCUGAUGAAUUGGUGUUGAUGAGAUUAUGGUGUUGGAUGAAUUGGUGCUGAUGAAUUUCUGCCUGCCAGAGAUUCUGAUGUUGGAUGAAUUGGUGCUGAUGAAUUGGUGCUGAUGACUUGCUGCCUGCCUCGCACUCACCACAGCCUCCCCUCCAUCCGCAGGGCAUGAGAGCAGGGCUGCAGCCCCUGAGCCAUGCGCUGAGCUGGGCACAGCCCCCCGGCAGCCAUGGCCCAGUCCCGGGCCAACGGCUCGCACUACGCGCUGACGGCCAUCGGGCUGGGCAUGCUGGUGCUGGGCAUCAUCAUGGCCGUGUGGAACCUGGUGCCCGGCUUCGGGCCCCCCGAGAAACCCGGCGGCAACAGCAGCAAGCCCGACCGCGGCUCCGGGGGCAUCCUCAAGAGCAAAACCUUCUCGGUGGCCUACGUGCUGGUGGGGGCCGGGCUGCUGCUGCUGCUGCUCUCCCUGUGCCUCAACGUGCGCGACAAGAAGAGGCAGAGCCAGGAGCUCGCCAUCGCCCACGUGCAGCGCCAGGUGUCCGCAGAGCCCUCGCAGCAGGAGGACAGCCAAGAAGAGGAUGAAGACGUCUCCUCCCAGUACUACGUGCCCAGCUAUGAGGAGGUGAUGAACACGGGCUACUCCGAGCCCAGAGACUCGGACAGGAGCGCCAGGCUCAGCGUCUCCCUGCCCUCCUACGAGUCCCUGGCAGGGCUGGAGGAGGGCAGCCAGGCUCCAGGAGCAGCAGGCACAGAGCCUGGCACGGAGAGGCCGCCCAGCAGGCACAGCUCCCGCCUCAGCAAGCGCCUCAAGCCCCUCAAGGUCCGCAGGAUCAAGUCAGAGAAGCUGCACCUGAAGGACAUCAGGUUAAACCUGGCACAGGGCAACAGCAGCGUCCCUAUCACGAUAGAGCCCCUCACCCCUCCACCCAAGUACGAGGAGAUCCAGGAGAAAAUGCCAGUGAGCCAGCAAAUGCCUUAAAAACAAACAAACAAACAAACAAACAGGGAUCUGUGAUGCUGCUUGGUUGAGGGUUUUCUAGAACCCACCGUGCCAAGAGGGGUUUGGUGUGUGGGUGCAGAAGCAGCUCCCUGGAAGCUGCCACGUGGAGGAUGUGCUGUGCCACAAGGAUGGGACUCGUUUUUCCUGGGACUGGGUUGUACAAAAGACUGUGGGGAAAGAAACCUGAACACCACAAGUUCUGCUGCUGUGAAGUAAAUGAAGGCUGGACAUGCCAAAAGUGUCACCUGUGGUGUUUGGUACGAGACCAUCCCGUGCAUCCUCUCAUCUCCUCUCCCCCUCCCUCUCAGCAAGACUUUUACAAGCCACCAAACUGAUAUUGCAGAAGGAUUUUCCAAGUGGAAAAGUGAAAUGUUUCUUUUUUUGGGUGUCUUUUCUUUCUGAGGAAGGCGACGCGCGUUGCCAGAGCAGCACCAUGGAUUUCCCUGGCUCCCAACUGGGCUGGGCUGGUGGCCCAGAGCCAGCCCUGAUUCCUGCCAAGGUCUCUGCUGGCUGGUGGGAAGCAGCUGAAAGGGGCCUCCUGCUCCUCAGGGACAGGAUGGAUUUCUUGCCUCUGUUGCUUUCCCUGAUGUGUUUUGUGCUCCAUUUGAGGCGAGUGGGUGACUCUGGGGUUUGGGAGCUGCAUGCACCAGUGCCAGGGGUGAAACCACUGCUGAGCAUCCUGUGCAGGCAGACUGGUCUGAAUAAAUGUUUUGUACAUUGUG